UCGAGGAAUACUCUGUAUCGGCAUGCGGCCACGACCGCUGUAGCUUUCAGGUAGGUAGGUAGGUAGGUAGUGGAGCUAGAUAUAGCACUGCAUUUAUGCAACUAUUGUCUGCAAAAAAGCAUAGGAUACACACAUCCUCCUAGGGGAUAUCGGGAUACAAAGUCAUGAUAAUAGUAAUAGUAUCAUAUAGAAUAUAGAUAUACAUAUAUAAAAUAAAUAUUAAUUAUGAAAUUAUAAUAUUAACCUACGUAUUGUAUAGUGUUAUAUUUGUAAAUAUAGAUGCAGAAAUAUAUAUAAUCAAAACAAAAGUACUACCUCUGCUAUUCUUAUAUUUUUAUAUACAGUAAUUCUCUCCUUAUAAGGCAGUGUGUAAUCACGAUUACUACUAAAUCGAGUAUAGUGUCUUGGUGCUCUAGCUCCCUGGAGGGGUAGGUGCCGCCAGUAGAAUGACGGAACGCAGCGACGUAAGUCGGAUAGGUACCUAAUUGCUUCUUUGGCGAUUCCACCGUCAAGCAAACAAUCGACCACGACCGCGACCACGACCUCUAACCGCCAAACCAAUUCACGUGGCUCCUGUUGUCAUCGCCGGCGAACGAACCGCUUCGAGUCUAUCUUCUUCUCCUCCUUCUUCUCACGCUGACCCCGAGCACCAACCCUCUCGCACGGCCUCGCUCAAGAACGAUCCGGUCCCCAGCCAGCCACGAUGCCGACCACCACCGCGGAAACGCUCUCGCUGGUGACCAGAAACGUCUCCGUCGCUCCGCUCGUCCUCCUCUCCGCCGUCGACCACUACAACCGAACAGUCACCAGCAAGACAAAGAGGCGGGUGGUCGGAGUUCUCCUCGGUCAGAAUGACGGCAAGAACGUGAGGGUGUCCAACAGCUUCGCAGUUCCCUUUGAGGAGGACGAAAAGGACCCUUCAGUAUGGUUCCUGGACCACAACUACGUCGAGUCGAUGAACGACAUGUUCAAGAAGGUGAAUGCGCGGGAGAAGCUGGUGGGGUGGUACCAUACGGGACCCAAGUUGCGAGCCUCUGAUCUCGAGAUCAACGAGUUGUUCAAGCGCUACACGCCCAACCCGCUGCUGGUCAUUAUCGAUGUCCAGCCAAAGGAGUCGGGCGUGCCCACCGAUGCGUAUUUUGCGGUUGAGGAGAUCAAAGAUGAUGGAACGACGACUUCCCGGACGUUUGUCCACACACCGUCCAUCAUCGAGGCCGAGGAAGCAGAGGAAAUCGGAGUCGAGCAUCUGCUGCGAGACAUCCGCGACGUCGCUGUCGGCACCUUGUCCACGCGCGUCACUAACCAGCUGCAAUCGCUCCAAGGGCUGCAUCUUCGGCUACGAGACAUUGGAGCCUACCUCCAGAAGGUCCUCGACGGCCAACUGCCCGUCAACCACGCGAUCCUCGGCAACCUACAAGACGUCUUCAACCUUCUCCCCAACCUCUCCACGCCAGAAGACGACAGCAGAACAGGAGGCCACGAACUAUCACACGCCAUGAGCAUCAAGACCAACGACCAGCUGAUGGCCAUCUACCUCAGCAGCCUGAUACGCGCCAUCACCGCAUUCCACGACUUGAUAGAGAACAAGAUCCAGAACCGACAGCAGCAGGACGAGAAGGAGCCGAAGAAGGACGAGGCGAAGGACAAGGACGAGAAGAAGGACGCGGGCGCCACCAACGCAAACGGAGAGUCCAAGGAGAGCAGCGAUAAAGAAAAGUCUAAAAAGAAGUAA